AUGUCUAGCAAACUUGCACCAAUCUCCUAUGCCUCAUCUAUCGUUGGCUUUACAAGCUUCGCAUUUACAUUCUUUACCUUCGUAAGGGUGUUCUGGGAGACGAUCUUGACAUUAUGGUCUGCACCCAAACAAAUGAUGGGCCAACUCGACAAUUUGAGGAUCGAAAUACAUAACGAGAGAGCCUAUUUCAAGUCCGCAUUGAGACGGACAAAGUCGAGAAGUAGGAGUGUCAAGAGGCACCAUGAAGAUAUUGCACCUUUGAAAAUUCUUAAUGGCACUGUCAGGCGUAUCCAUCGCGAAUUCGUCAGAUUGGAAGAGCCCUUCUUGAACACCUCACCCUCUAGAGCCGAGGAAGACAUCGAGCGCCAUUCCGAGGAAAGCGUUGAGACCAAGUAUGCCUCUAUGACCCUCUCGCGACGAUGGAAGUGGAUGCGGACCAAGUCUGAUAUCCUUUCGAUCGCUGAGCAAGUCGAUCGGAUUCAAACGCAAAGAAUAGCUUGUGAUACUACCAACUUGUUAAUGAAACUUCAUACGAUGGACAAAACCUUCCAGGAUUUUGAGGAUAGACUAUGGGAUAUUGAAGAACACAUCAUGGGCGAACGGCUGGACGACGGAAAGAUCUACAUCAAAAGACGAGUCGACCGGUCACCGAAUAGAAUCAUCGCGAAUGGUGUGGAAGCUUUCAUGGCACCGAUCACUGACCGCAUGGUUCUAUGUUCCAAUCGGCUCGUAUGCGAGACAAUUCUUGGAGACCGGAGAACCAAGAAGCUUGUGCACGUGAUCGACAUUCCCGCCGGGUUUGCUCUUCGAUACAUCAAUGUGUUCUUCACGCCUUCAUUCGUCCUAUUACCGCUCAGUCCAUCUGUGAGCGGUGUCGAAGUAGGCAAGAUCAUUGCCGUCUUCUUGAUCGGCUUUGUGGUGAUGUUUGCAACUACCGCAUACUUCACUCGCGGACUUCAGCUGCUGCUCGGCAGCUCAAAAAGAGCUAUCAUCGAGCGAGCCGAGGAAAUGGGCGUUGAAGACGACGACAUUCCCCUGACCCAAUUGCCCAGGAACCCACCAACGCCCGAGGCUUCUUCAACGGACUUGGGAGAAACCGAUUACUCUUCGGGCGAAGCAAGUCAGAAUAUAGCUCUUCCAUCCCGGACCCAGAAUCCCUCGCAGGUCCGCAUCACCAACGGCCCACCCGAAUCCGAAACACUCACCACAACGACUCCCUCGCAGCCCAUACCCCGACAAGACCCGCUCCCUCCAACACGCCCCCAAAAAUGGGCCACCAUUAUCAACAUCCACCUCGACACCCUGACCUACGCCCUCCUCUUCCUCCUCAUCGGCCUACCGAUCUACUACUCAACCUCCUACACCAUGCCCGCGCACCUCACCCUCUCGAUCCUAACCUACUUCCUCGCUCUCUCCCUGCCACCCCGCCACAAACGCAUCAUCCACCCCGUCCUCCUCUCCUCCUCCCUCACCAUCCUCCUCAUCUGGCUCCUCGCCCUGUCGAAGCGCUCAACCCUCCACGCCGCCCUCCUGACCUACAGCACCAAAACGCGCUACAUCCAGCUCUUCAACGACGACGGACCGCACCUCCCUCCACCGGGCGCAGGCGACGUUUUCGGCUCCGUCCUCGACGUCUCCAUCGUCGCCCUCGCCCUCCCAAUGUUCCAGUACAGACUGGAGCUCAAACGCCACUUCCCCAGCAUCAUCCUCCCGAACGUCCUCAUGGCAACCGGUUCCCUCUUCGGCUACCCCUCCCUCUGCCGCGCCCUCGGUAUCUCACCCGCUCGCUCCCUCUCCUUCGCGUCUCGCUCCCUGACCCUCGCCCUCGCAACGCCGGCCACGCAGAACCUCGGCGGAGACUUGCAGCUCGUGGCCGUGCUGUGCAUCAUGAGUGGCGUCAUGGGCGUGCUUGUCGGACCUACGUUGCUGACGUGGAUGCGGAUUCCGGAGGAUGAUUAUGUGACUAGGGGUGUGACGUUGGGAGGGAAUAGCAGUGCGAUUGCGACGGCGUUGCUGUUGGUGAGUGAUCCGCGGGCGGCGGCGUUGAGUAGUUUGAGUAUGUCACUGUUUGGGACGGUGAUGGUGGGAUUGACGAGUGUGCCGGUCGUUGUUAAAGUCGUUGGGGGGUUGGCGGGGGUGGAGGGAUAG